CGGUGACGCAAGUUUCCGGCGGGCUCCUUUGAGCGCUGAACAGCUUUGGGCCCAAGGACCAUGCGAGGGCCGGAGCCGGGUCCCGAACCUACCAUGGAGGGUGACGUGCUGGACACACUAGAGGCGCUAGGGUAUAAGGGACCACUGUUAGAAGAGCAAGCUCUGAUCCGGGCAGCAGAGGGCGGACUGUCUUCACCUGAAUUUUCAGAGCUCUGUAUUUGGUUAGGCUCUCAAAUAAAAUCAUUGUGCAACUUGGAAGAAAGUAUCACCUCAGCUGGGAGAGAUGACCUAGAAAGCUUCCAGCUUGAGAUAAGUGGUUUUUUAAAAGAAAUGGCAUGCCCGUAUUCUGCACUUGUAUCAGGAGAUAUUAAAGACCGUUUACAAAAGAAGGAUGACUGUUUGAAACUUCUAUUAUUUUUAAGUACAGAGCUUCAAGCUUUACAGAUACUUCAGAACAAGAAAAGUAAAAAUUCUCAUUUAGAUAAAAAUAAUGAAAUUUAUCAAGAAGUUCAAGCUAUCUGUGAUACCCUUGCUAUACCCAAGUCAACAACUUCUGACAUUCCACUUAUGCUAAGCCAAGUGGAAUCAAAGGUGAAGGAUAUUCUCUCAAAAGUCCAGAAAAAUCAUGUGGGAAAACCACUGCUGAAAACUGAUUUAAAUCCAGAACAGGCGGAACAACUGGAGAGAAUCAAUGAUGCUCUUUGCUGUGAAUAUGAAUGCCGCCGCCGGAUGCUAAUGAAACGUUUAGAUGUGACAGUGCAGUCCUUUGGGUGGUCUGAUAGAGCAAAGGUAAAAACAGAUGACAUAGCAAGAAUUUACCAGCCUAAGCGUUAUGCUUUGUCACCCAAGACGACUAUUACAUUGGCACAUUUAUUUGCUGCUCGUGAAGAUCUAUCCAAGAUCAUUAGGACAAGUAGUGGCACCAGCCGGGAGAAGACAGCAUGUGCCAUUAAUAAGGUGCUGAUGGGAAGAGUACCUGACCGGGGAGGACGGCCAAAUGAAAUUGAACCACCGCCCCCUGAAAUGCCUCCAUGGCAAAAGAGACAAGAAGGCGGUGGAAGGGGCGGUUGGGGGGGUGGUGGUGGUGGUGGGAGAGGAGGUGGUGGGGGUGGAAGGGGAGGCUGGGGUGGUGGAGGAGGUUGGGGAGGUGGAGGAGGAGGGGGAGGAGGGUGGGGAGGAGGAGGUGGUGGAGGUGGUAGCAGAGGAGGAGGUUUCCAAGGCAGGGGAGAUUAUGGCGGGAGAGGGGGCUAUGGUGGGAGAGGGGGCUAUGGUGGAAGAAGUUAUGGAGAUCCAUAUGGGGGAGGUGGUGGUUAUAGAAGAUACUAAAAACUGCAGAAGUUAGGUAGCAGUGCUUACUUCUUGAUAGAUACAUUAAGCGUAGUGUUUUAAAUAACAUACUCGGAUAUCAUUUUUGAAGUAAACACAUGUUAGAUGCUCUGAUAUCAUUCUUGAAUCGGGUCGACGUGUAAGAGCAUUGUUUUAUACUACCAUUUGAUCUCUUGGACGAAGUGAUGUUUUUUCCCUCAUAUUCUAUGUACCCUUGAGCAUGUUGUGUCUUUUUAAAAAACAAAAAAUGAACAAAAAUAAUUUUUAAAAAUGUAAAUAUUUAUUACCAUCAAACUUGGAAAAUGGAAAGUAUUUUAUUGUCAUGACUGAAUUUAGAUUGUCACCUGUAUUUUAUUCAGGUUCGAGACACGUAAGUGAUCCCAUCUGUAAUGGAAAGGAAUAUAGACUACUGCCACAUUCGUA